CUAGUUGAUAGUUCGACUAUUGCGGCAUGUAACGGUGAAUCGGAUAAGGAACUGGACUUUGCGUCUUUGCGCAUGCUUGAGAUCCCGCCGCCCUCCUCCUUCCCAGGUCGUGACCCGAAAGUCGAAAGAGACUGCUGGGAGACUGGCCGGCAGAAAACAAACAAUGCUAUGGACAACACAAGAGUCCCUAGUAGAGCACAACGGCGUAGAUUCGGGUGUUCAGUUGCCAACUACCAUGGAAUGGCAAGAUGGCGGCCACCAUGCCUUCAUCCAGCAGUACGGAAGACGAAGAAAAUACACCGGAAUGUCUUAAUAAAUCAAAAAGCAAACAUUUUUUUAUGCAUAUUACUUCAGUCAAGCACAAGGAGGUACAUUAUUUCACCACUACACGAUGGAAUACAUACAGGACAAGCCUACAAACGUGGCUCGGGUUGGAGGGUGAGUCUCGAGACAUGGCUGAGAACUUGGUUGAUGUGAAGUUUGAAAAUAUUCCCGAGGGUGCUGGACAUUUACGGACAAAAAAUCCAUCGCAAAGGUGGAACGACGUCUCGCACGUGAGAGACAAGAAGCGACUGAAGACCACGAGGCCAUUCCAUCGACUUCUAGGGCCACGAGUCCAACAAAGAAACUGCGAUCCAGGUAAGGGCUGCCAAUCGCAGGCUCUGGCCCCGUUCUUCCUGCCCUGUGCAUAAUUUGCCAAAAAAGGAGAUCAUCAACCGAGCAGGCAAACGACAAAGGGAUCAUCUGUCAAAGGCUGAAACAUUAACAGCAGGCCAAUUGCAGAAAGCUGCAGAGUUGAAGGAUGACCAAAAUAUUCUUUUGCAUAUAAAAGACAAAGACUGUGGCUCUGGAGGUGCAGUACCACAAAGGCUGUUAUAAUCAGGUUUUUGACGGGGCCUGAAAAACCAGAGAAAGAACAGAAUGAGCCCACAUUUGAUGUCAGCUAUAAGAUAUUCUGUGAGAGGAUCAUUCGCCAAAGGCUGAUUGUCAACCAAGAGGUGCUGAGAAUGGUCCAGCUGAGGAAGGCCUUCAUUGAACUGGUGAAAGCAAAUGAAGGUCUUCAAACUACAGGUAACUGCAAUGCAUUUUUCUCAUGAUACUCCUGUGACUCCUAAUUGUCACUGUUUUGUUAUGUUGCAGUCAGGAUAUGUUGAAAAAGAGGCUGACUCGUGAUUUCCCCCAGCUGGUGUUUCACAUGACCUUGGUGCGCAACAUCUCCGAGCUGGUUUUUACAGAGACCCUGUCAACCCGUACACUCGUGGACAUGCUACCUUACCCAUCAGGUGCGGAAACCACACAGUCUGAGUUGAGCCAGACAGACAGCGAGACUGAAAAAGGGACAACACCACCAGCACCAAACAACACAAGAGGACGCAAGGAGACUAUAUACAGCAGCGUUGUUCUUAAAAAGACAUCUUAGUAACACUCCUGGCAUGUCAUGCCCAUGGCCUCCAACCUCUGAAAAUUUGAAUGUCACUGAAGCACAAACUGUUGUUCCCCUUGCGCUAUACAAUCUAGUAAACUGGAUUAUAGGUGCCUCUGAGGAGCCAACACUGGAUAAUUUUGUAGAUAUUUUGUAGAAUUUUGCCAAUAUGUGACAAUACAAUACUGCCUUUAAAAGUACUAGUGUUGGUAGUUAUUAUUUUAGUAAUAAAAAGCCAAUAAGUGAUACAACGGCUUCCCAUUUUAGUGAAGCUAAGCGAAUAUGGACUAAGAUCACUUACCGCCCUGGUUACAAUCUCUACUUCGAGAGCUAAUCAAUGGGUAUGUGAUUAUAUGAACAAACAAUAACACUGGGUGCCAUCAAGACAAAAAUUGAAUGUCGGUAUAUAAUAGGAGUUACCAGUAUUUUCAUUUAAAUUAAUGUUGACUACAAUUGUUGACAAAAGAAUUUGCCUGAGCUUGAUUGUGUGCAUGACUGUUUUUAGAUAUCCAGUGCACAAAAGCUGCUGGAUUAAAGUAUUAACCUUAUUCUAUAUUGUUUCAUAAUCAGGCAACAGACAGUACCUUCAUGAUGGAUGUUAGGUAAAAUGAAAAAUGACAUUCUUUAAAUUAUAUUUAUUUCCUUUUGACUAUAUCUGUUGUGCUUGUGAAGAAGCGACCACGCAAACGCAAGGGAACGUAAAGUGUUUUAAUGAACACAAACACACAAACAGAAGAAUACGGGCGUUUGGCCAGCAAUGGUGAAGCCCAGUGAGCAGAGAACGAGGUCCAGGCCGAGAGAGAGCGCACCAGACAGCAGGCAGCUCACGUCAAACUGGAGGCUGGGUAAAGCAGAGGUUAGCAACGGGACAAUAAUAGUUCAGCACGAACCGUCAGGACACAACAAGGAAGGCGAUACAGGACAGCGAGCUCAGGUACGUCGGGUGCACAGGUAAGGCUCUGGCGGAGAACAAGUGGAAGAGGGUGGCUAGAAAUAGGGUCUAAUUAGAGGAAGCAGGAAGAAAGGAUGAUGAGAUGAGAGAAUGAGAAGCAGCUGGGAAUGAAUGAGCAGGUGUAAUUAAGUGUGUGUGUGUGUGUGUGUGUGUGUGUGUGUGUGUGUGAAGGGGGGGUGCGAGUGUGUGUAAAUUACAUGAAAGGGGUGGAAAAGAAAAAGAGGAAGGUACCCGGUUUAUGACAAUAUCAUGCUAUAAACAGUUUUUUAUUGUUUACUAGGGAGACAAACAUGUAUUUCUUAAAAAGUAUUUUAUUAAAGAAUCACUAGAUUCAUCUAUAUGGUGUUUUUUCACGUCCAUUGUUUUUACUGUGCAUGAAUGCAAUGCAUAAAUCAAGUUCUGUUCUUUUGUGAAUGCGCUGAAUGAUAACUGCCAUCAAGUGUUGCGUUUUAGCAGAUAAGUCCGUAAAAAAUUAAGUUUUGUUUUAAGCCUAGUACUCUUGACAAAAAUAUAUAAUAUUACUAGUGGGUGAAAUAAAAUAAUCUCUGCUUUGUUUUUUAAUGCAGAAAUAAAUGUGCUCAAAAUCAUCUCUGUAAGUGUGGCUUGGUUUUGUACUGCAACGAUUUGAACAUUUCUCACCACUGCUUUCUGUCACUUCCUGACGUGUCUUCAGCACUGAGAAAAAAAUUAGGUCUUUGAAUGAACUGUAAUAUAACUAUAUUAUAUAACUAUAAUAUAUAUAUAACUAUAAUAUAUAUAUAAAUAGCUUUCAGCACUUUUCAAAAGUUUCAACGUCACAAUGCAUCAAUAUUUACAAUUUGCAUUCAUUCGGGGCGCUGCCGGAAAGUGGUCAUCAUAACCAAGGCAACGAGUGGUCUUAGCCCAUAUUAGCUUAGCUGAACUUAAACGGGAAGCUAUUGCAUCACUUAUCGGCGUUUUAUGACUAAACCAAUUACAACAACAACACUCGUACUCUUAAGGACAGAGUACAGGAUAGUAUUGUCAUAUUUUGUCAAAAUAUGAAAAGAAAACUGCAACAGUCGAGGCAUCAUUGCCGCAAAGUCGAGGCAGCUGUCGUGAAGUUGUGGCCACUGCCACGACUCGCCACGGCAACUCGACCCGCAGAUAACAGUCGUACUCAAACUGUAUUAUACUGUCACGUGUUGCAUACAUAUGAAUACUAAAAUUAACGGAAACUGCCGUGGCACCUCUCCCUUAAACUCCCGGUACGUCUAUCAGCCGAGGCAUAGCUCCCUUAACAGCCGUGGGCACCCCUCCCUGCCCUCUCAGGCAAGGGCCACAGAACUUGGGUCAACAAGUACAGGGGUGCAGGCAGCAACAUGCAGAAUGGACACCCACUUUGCUGCACAAGCUGAAUUGGCGUAUGUCUUUGUUAAGACCACCGAUACGGAUAGAUGUGCAAUCCCAAGCUGGACAGGUUUCCAUACACUGCUUCAAAGUGAAAAUACUCUGCAGAAGUCAGCAUUGUAUUAUCUUCCAGUAAUUGAGGCAUCACCAACAGAGAUGUCAACAGUGAACACUAUCCUGAAGCGAAGUGUCCAGAUGGCUGAUCAGCUAGAACUGGAUCAUAGAGUUUUAGUGUUUGACCAGGCUAACAGGCUGACACAUGCAUGUCCUACCUGAGUAUUUUAGGCAAAAGGUUUGGAGAUGCAGGACUGCAAGACAUCCUCAUUGAAUCAGAAGUUGUUGCCCCAGGAUCCAUCAAUGGGGUAAUAAAUGGUCAUCCUUACAAUCGCAGCAUGAGGGCUCAUAAACUUCUCUAUGAGAGUCUGCAGCGCAUCAGGUUCAUCAGCUUCUUGGACCCUCUCUUGCCACCACAAGAGAGAGCUGUGUGCAUGGAUGUCAUCACUGACAUGAAAUGUGUCUUUCCAGACGGAUUGAUGGAUGUUUUGAGUGCAGAUGAGAGGUUUGAUGGUAUGAGUUCCAAAUAUGCUGACUUUGUGCAGAGGAAAAGUACAGAGAAUGCAACAUUUGCUUUCUGGAGCUCAUACAUUGACAUGAUGCAGCUACUCCUCCUGUUUGUGAGAGCAACGCGAGAGUCAAACUGGCAACUUCACCUGUCAACAGUCCGAUUAAUGCUGCCAUGUUUUUUUGCCUACAAUCAAGUAAACUAUGCUCGAUAUUUACCUGCGUACUGGCUGGAAAUGGUGAAUUUGCCCAUCACACAUCCCUCUUGCAACAGUGAGAUGAAUGUGAAAGGCCAGUGGACUGUCCAGCAACAAAGUGUUCAUGGAUUUGCCUCCAUUGCGAGCAAACCCUUAACAGAGAUGCCAAGACAAAAGGUGGUUGGACAGGGAUCACACAAAAUCGGUCUGCUGUGUAUUGUACUGUCACAGCAUGAAAGAGCGGCUAUAGCAAGACAGUGUGAAUCAAUGGCAGGGAUGUCACCUGAGAUGAGGACCCGAAAAGACCUUGACAACACACGCAUCGAUGCUGAUGAAAAUGCUGUGAGCAGAAUCAUUUCCACCAUUGAUUCCAUGCUCAACCCUUUUGAUGUGUACCAAGACGGCAUUGUGUGUCUUAGCUCUGGUAGAGUAGCAACAGCAGAAAUCAUGAAUGAUUUGCUUGUUGCCUCAGAAAAGGGGGAAAAUGCCGUAAAAUAAUUUAUGUCGAAUUCAGUUGACAUAUUUGCCCCCAUAAAAUCACAAAAACUCAAGACCUUCAAUGAUCAGGUUAAGCCAAAAAAAAAUCUGCAGCAGGCAAGGAAGUGAUUUUGGUUGCUUAUUUUCCAGGCUCCUCAUCCUUGGUCAGAGCAGAAAAAUUGAAAUGAGGGAAAUUCUGUCUUAUUCCUUGAGAAAUGUGUCCUAUCCAUUAGCAAGUGCUGAUGGUUUACUUGCCAAAACAAAUAAAUCAGCGCUCAUGGACCUUUUAGAGAAAAAAGGUGGAGACUGCUUGGUUGACCAAGUUCCAGUGGAUGGUGCCAUUCUUUUUGAUGGCAUGGCAGUCAUGCAGGCCAUGCGAUCCAGACCAGAUACAUUUGAAGAGCUUGCAGAGACCAUACUGCAGAACACACUCCAACUCGCUUUGCAGCACAAGUGUACACGCAUUGACUUUGUCACUGACCAGUAUCCACUCAUCAGUAUCAAAAACAUAGAAUGGUCACGUAGAGCUGAUGCAGGGUCACAACGCAUGGAAAAAUGCAGACCUUACAGCAGUGGGCAAAAACCUCUGCUUGUACAUAGCACAUACAAAUCAAUGUCACUGUGUGACUGUUAAGGAGGGUAUACAGUGUGUUUGUGUUGUUGAAGACCUGCAGUGUGAUCAUGUAGAAUGUGACACAAGGGUGUUUUUACAUGCACAACAUGCUGCACGGGAGCAUAAAGCUGUCAUCAUCAAGAGCUCUGACAUGGAUGUGGCAGUCAUUGCUGUAAGUGUGCAGACAGAUUUGCCAUGCAGUUUAUAUGUUUUCACAAGGACUGGCAACAGGACACGUAUCAUUGACAUUACCAAGGUGUCAUCAGCUCUCGGAACCAGUGUGUGUUCAGCCUUGAUCGGAAUUCACACAUUCUCUGGGUGUGACUCCACAAGUGCCUUUUAUGGCAAAGGAAAAAUAAAGACAUUUUCUAUUGCAUGUGAGAAAGGUGAGUACCUAAAGGCUUUUAAAAGUUUAGGUACUAACUUUAACUUGGAGCAGUCAACAUUUUCACUUCUUUGCCAGUAUGUAUGCCACUUAUAUGAUCAGCCAGCUGCCGAUAACGUAAAUGAAGCUAGGUACAAGGCUUUCUGUAUGGCAUCAUCAGCCUUGCCAGAAUUAUGCAUUCCUCCUACAACUGAUGCCCUCCAUCAGCACCGCAAAAGGGCAAACUACCAGGCUGCAAUUAUGAGGUCCUGUCUCAAACAAAACAUAAGUGCUCCAUCACCUGCUGGAUAUGGUUGGCAAAUAGAGGAUGGGACCUUGCACAUCACCUGGAUGACCAGAAAUCCAGCCCCUGACAGUGUUUUGCAUGUGAUACACUGCGGCUGCAAAGGUGUCUGUGAGACAGGCAGAUGUUCCUGUUUUUCUGCAGGAUUGUGUUGCACAGACUUAUGUCGUUGCUGUAAUAGUGCCAACACAAGAGAAACUGAGGAACUGGAAGAUAACUGUCCUGACACUGAC